GUUUCAGGCCCCGCCAAGAUGCAGAAAAAGAAAUAUUCGAGAUUUUCUUAUUGGUUGUCGAUGAUCGGCUUGCGGUGUGGAAAGUCUAAGACUUGUUACAAGUCUGUAACGUCGUGUGCUAUGCUAUGUCUGUGUCUAUCUGUGGUUACUUUUCGGUCUGUUGCCGAGAACCUCUCAACUCUCGACUUUACCCGAUCAUCCCCCGGCGUUUUCACCACUCUAACCACAAUCGGAUAGCAGUUGCCAACAUGAGGCGUGCGCACGAGUACAGCACAGUCAACAUAGCAGAGUACAUCAGAGCAUUUCUGGUAGAUCCUACUGUAGUCCACAAGUCCACAAUAAAUCCCUCAGGGCUUGACCGUACCAAUCCCGUCAAUCAGCCAGUAUACCACUACAUCAUAAGGCAGCGCCGCAGUGGCAGCGGCAGCGGCAGCGGCAGCCUCAGUCAUCAUUGCCACAGUGCAGAGCACAGGACUACGCAAGCAGGUUGCGGCUUGAUAACUAUCGUCAUCGUCAUUUGCUUCUGCUCUGCUCUUCGUAAUGUGAUGGGAUAUGUCCAGAGUGCGUCGUUUCAGAGUGCUUUUUUUUUUUUUCUUGAACGGCGCAAUAACUGAAUUUGGUCUUGCCGUGGUGUUUCUUUUUCUGUAUACGAGUGCUUCAUACAGGCUGUGUACGCCUACAUAGGAUGCAAAGUAAUGCUUUGUCUCAUGUGAUGUGAUUUUUUUGAGGCAAAUGAUAUCAUUAUAUGCUGGA